AUGUAUAAUUUUCCAUCUAUCUAUCUAUCUAUCUAUCUAUCUAUCUAUCUAUCUAUUUUACUCUAUUCAUAUCUAUCUAGCUAUUGUAAUCUAUCUAUCUAUCUAAGUUUAUUCAUAUCUAUCUAUCUAUCUAUUUAUCUAUCUAUUUUACUCUGUUUAUAUCUAUCUAUCUAUCUAUCUAUCUAUCUAUCUAUAUAUAUAUAUAUAUAUAUAUAUAUAUAUAUAUUGCAGUCUCUGCAUAUCUAUCUAUCUAUCUAUCUAUCUAUCUAUCUAUCUAGAUCUGUUCAUAUCUAUCUAUCUAUCUUCCACACACACAUAGACCGUGAGCAUGAGCGUCGCUUCAAUGCUCCUGCAUGUAAUGAAGUCGCCGCAGUCAUCCACGGUAAUGAACAUAACAGUCGUGACAUUGUCAUAAGGGAGGGUGAAUUUAACCACUUGCACAGGUGCCGUCAACUAUUUCUUCAAUUCGCUGUUGACAUGGCUGCAAAAAUGGAGUUGGAGAGGUUAGGAUUCAUCAAGUUAAACCAAUCCAAACUUCGAACCGACUCCUAUAUUCCCCUUCGUGAUGGUCUGCGUUCUGAUGGUGACCCACGCAAUCUCGGCAAACCGUAUAUUUUCCCUUCCUCUUACACUGGUGGCCCUCGAUACAUGCAUGAAAGGACACAAGACGCAAUGACCUAUGUCCGUCAUUACGGGAGGCCUGAUUUGUUCGUCACGGUCACGUGCAAUCCGAAAUGGGUUGAAAUCACACGCGAACUUUUUCCAGGUCAGCUGUACUCCCACCGUCCUGACCUAAUUGCCCGCGUUUUCCGGUUACAGCUGUGUAAGCUUAUGGAUUUAAUCCUUAAAGGUCAAGUCUUCGGACGCGUGUCAUAUCUAUACAGUGGAAUGGCAGAAACGCGGUUUGCCUCAUGUCCACAUUCUGCUGUGAUCUUUUCUUCUUUUUUUUCUUUCUUUCUUCAUGUACCCAUUCUUUUCUUCAUUAUUCAUUUUGAAUAUUUUUUCACUCAUUCUUUCUUUACUUUUUUUUUUGCUUAUUUCAUGAUUGCCUUCCCGCCUCCUUCACACAUCUCUCUUGCUCUGUUGCUCCACCAUUUUAUUUUUUUGAAUUUCCGAAUUUUCUUGGCAUUGCUCGCUCUUUUUCUUAAUCAGUCUUUGUUUUCUUUUUCUCUUUUUUUUUCUAUUUUUUGUUCAAUUUGUUUUCUUUUCUUCUUACGUUUUCUGCCUUUUUAUAUAUUCUUUCUUUUCCUCUUCAUUUUCUGUCUUACAUCAUUUUCCUCUUUUAUUUCAGUUUCCGUGCUCUCUUCAAUUUGA